CCACCGGGAGAAGUCGCCGGAGAAGACGACCACCCCUCGAGUCCGGUGACGCGCGGCGAGCGGGGCGCUACCGGUCGCCGGGGGUCGGGGGAGAGAGGAAGGACGCAUCCGGAGAGCUCAAGCGCAGCAGCAUGGAGGAUUUCUACGUCACUAUCCCGUACGGCGUCGCGGUCCUCGGCGGGGGCGUCGCCGGCUACCUCAAGCGGGGGAGCAAGGCCUCGCUGGCCGCAGGCGCCGGAUUCGGCGGCGCGCUCAUCCUCGCCGGGGCGCUGAGCGCUUGGGCCUUCGCGCGCGGCCACUCCGGCAACCUGUUCGCCACCGUCCUCCAGACCGUUUGCGCUGUAGCAUUAACCGUCGUUAUGGGAAUAAGAUACAUCAAAACAAGAAAGGUAAUGCCAGCUGGAAUAAUUGCUACCAUCAGUGCACUUGUGCUGAUAUUCUACGUGUACAAGAUAUCGAACGGUGGGAACAAGGUUUAUGUCCCAGUGAGCGCGGCGUGAUACGUGAGCCCAUGAUAGCAGUGCAACUGCACAUGCUGUGUUUCCAUGGACAAAUAAUUGUGGAUCGAUCCAUCUGUUGUGCCAAUUUGUUUUACUGUACUCCCUCUUUCCCUUGAUAAAUCAAACUUUCGGUUUCCGUGCCGAACGUUUGACCAUCCGACUUAUUUAAAAAAUUUU